UCGUGAUAAGCUAUAAAACAACUGCGCGGAUAAUGGCAUCGCUAUAUACGAUUUCGGUUGCAUAAGCACGUUGAAAAUUCCAAUUGCGUGAAUCGAGUGCUUACGUACACAACCCAAUCAACAAAAAUUGAAGUCUAGUUCUGAUCGACACAGAAACCAGAAAGAUGAGCAAACUACAGGUGAUCGUGCAUCCCGUGAAGAAGGAGUUCCAGCGCAAGAGCUGCGGAUUCGACCAUGAUACGCCCGAUGAUUUUGUCAAGUCACAGUGGCAGUCAUGUACAAAGAGUAUGACAUACCUAUUUUAUCGCUGGUUCAUGGCUCUUUUCUUUGUGGUCGUGGUGAUUAUCUCGAUGUUGCCAGAUGCGAAUGAUAAAUACAGUUACUGGCUAUAUUUCAUCUACAUGACCAACUGGGGCAUAUGGAUGUGCAUGUUAACGAACGUAUUGGGCGCUGUUCUAGUCACCAUUUGGCAUUAUCAUCCAGAGUAUGCGGAUAAACUCCUGAAUGUAAAGAGUUCCUUCAGCUAUUUCCGAGUCUAUUGGGGUAUGCACAUCAUAUCGUUGGUCCUGUCUAUUGUCAUUACCAUUAUUUACUGGAGUCUUCUUUAUGAUGCUAAGGAAGGGGCCUUGGACGCCACGAAUGUACUCACUCAUGCAUUUAACUCGAUUUGCAUGUUCAUCGAUCUGUGGAUUGUAGCACAUCCCCUGAGGCUGCUGCAUAUAUUUUUGCCAGUAUUAUUUGGAGUUGUAUUCGCCAUCUUUUCGUAUAUCUAUCAUUUGUGCGGGGGAAUUAACAAAAAAGGCAAGCCUUAUAUCUAUCAUGUGAUUGAUUGGAGGAAUCCUGAAGGCUCUUUCAUCACUGUUGUUGGCGUACUCGUCUUAUCCUGUUGCAUUUAUGUUCUGCUUUUUGCCUUCUUCAAGCUGCGAUUAUUCCUCCAUCGUCGUUGUCGCAAUGCGAAUUUUGUACUGCCGACCAGUGCAAAAUCAAAUGGUCAAACCAAUGGAUUAGAUGAUAAAUCCGGAAAUGGAAUACAGCACUCGCCUUCGCGCAUUUCUAUGGUAUUGGGCAAUUUCGCUGGCUAUGAGAAUCAGGCCUAUUUGCCCACCGGAGAGCACUCAAAUAAGAGCUAAUAUUUGUUAAGUACACUUUAGACUGUAGUAUUUAGUGAAUUUAAUUUGUAGAAUUUAUAACCAGUGAUAUUAUACUUUAUGGUUUUGCAUUAAGUAAAUAAAUUUGUUCUGUGGAGAGUUGUUGGUAAAUAAUUCUUGAAAUGCAA